CGUUGAAAUCAACAAAUAAAUUAGGUUGAUCUUGCCCAGCAAAAUACCGUUAGCCCUUUGGCCGUGCAGUUGAGGCGCUGAAAAAGUAAUUAAGUAACGACCAAUGGUGCGUAUAAAUACAGUAAGUCUAAUUAGAACACACUAACAGUAAAUACUAAACUAAAAUGCCAAUGUUUCUAGUUUGGACAGCAUUCAUUCGUGCAUGGAACUAAUGGUGUUAACACUUAAUUACCUUCUUAUCGGUAUCGAUGCAACCAAGAAGAAGGGAAAAUUCAGUAGCUAAUGGACUUUUCUUGCUGGAAGUUCACUUUCAUCACUUAACACUGCCUAAGUAUAUAUUCUUUCCGCUAUUACUGAUCAUACUCAGUGCCUAGCCAUUCAUAAUGUUGUCGAGUGGGUUUCUAGUGUUCUUGAUGUUAGUUCACCAGUGGAGUGAAGUGAGUGGCACAAAUUCCUCCGAACUCCCCGCACUCCCAUCGUUACGUAUUUUUGGUGGGACUGAAGUGAAGGAUGGCACAGCGCCUUAUUUGGUUGCGUUGCUAAGAAGUGGGUCCGUUUCUUGCUGUGGCUCGAUUGUAGGCGAUCGCUGGAUACUGACAGCUGCACACUGCGUCGCUAAUCCGACACCUCCGUAUGCAACAAUUCCUGACAUAACUGUGCUGGCUGGAACAAACAAUUUGUACGAAGGUGGUGCACAUUACGAUGUCCAGCGUAGUCUACCCUACAGGAACUAUACAGGGUUCGAAGAUAUUGCCUUGGUUCGCCUUAAUUCCACGCUGCCGUUUGGGAGACGUGUGCAGAAGAUUGAGCUAGCUAAGGCGCACGUUCCUCCAAAUGCCACCGUACAGAUGGUGGGAUGGGGAUUCGAUGAAAGUCGAUCGGGGGUAAUGAAUGUAACGCAAAGCAUCGACGUGCAGGUGGUUAGUGUAGCGCAAUGCCAACAGAUGUACGACGAAGUGAGUCCGGACCAACGGAACCCUGUGCACGAAGGAAAUUUGUGUACCUACUCACGCGAUGGCAAGCGUGCUUGCUAUGGUGAUUCUGGCAGUCCAGUGAUUUGGAAUGGAAUGCAGGUGGCUGUUGUUGAUUGGAACCAGUACUGCGAGCAGGGAUAUCCGGACGUACAUGCAAGCAUUUCGUAUUUUUAUGACUGGAUCCAGAAAACGAUUGCAGAAGAUGAUUACGAUUAAUCAGACGGAUUAGGAUUGCAUUAGUACUAGCUGCUAGGGUCACCCUAGACUUCAAAUUACUUACGACACGACUUUCAGAUUAUUCAUUGUUUGAGUUCAUAUAGGAAUCUUUUGCAUGAUAAGAAAAUUGUCUAAAUUAUAACAAAAUUAAAUGAUGUUUUAUUUAGUGGGAAUAGCAACAAACUUCUGUAGAAUGAAAUUGUUUAUCAUUUCUGGCACGCUGCGCCGGGAACGACAAAUAGAUGAUUAAAUCGUCGAAAACUUCACCUAUUUGGGGUCAAAAAAUUUAGCACCGAAAA